CAUCUGGGCGCCUUCGCCCACAACAAUGAUGGCGUCCGGGCGGCUCUGGCAGAUGGCCCGCUGGCGAGGUGCCAGCCCGGGAAUCUUGUUGCAGAUGAUGUUGGCACCCAGAGCCACCACCGAGGACAGGGCCCUGCCAAACGCAUUGGGAUUCUUCUGUCAUCUGUUUGGCUUCGCACAAAUGCCUCCCCAGGCCCGGACCCAGCCGGUGGCAGGCGUGCCACGCAGCCCUGAGCUGGGCCUCAGACUGUGGCUGAAAGAAGAAGUAAAGCUGGAGCUGAGACUGAGACUGAGGCUCAGGCCGGAGCUGGGGGGCUGAUGCUCAGCCGUGACGGGGGACAGAUUGAGGGAAAUGGCCGGGUCUUACAAGAACCAGACUGGAGCUUAUGGCUUUCUCCUCUUCUCGACAGAGAUGUGGAUCGAGGCGGGAAGAGCUGCCGAAUUUUGCAUCCCGGUCGGAUGUUUUACCAUCUCUCCUCAAAAAUACUGGCAGUGCGGUGAAUUUCGACUUCAGCCAAAGGCACAAACAACUUGGGCGACGUGGAAUCACAGGCAGACAGUCACAGCAGCAUUAAGUAGCAGAUUCCCCGCGUGGGGCUGUGACGGUGGAAGCUACCUGACGCGACGGAGGCGGGAGGUGACGGAGGCGGCGGAGGCGGAGGCGAUGGGCCGGCGUCGCCGCCGCGGCUGCGUGUUAUAGAGCAGUCUGAUGAGUGAAAGUGCCGGCAGCCGGUUCCUCCACUGCGAUGGUCGACAUGGAGAGCCACUACCGCCCCCCGUCUCCCCUGGAGGACCCGGUGAUGGAUCCGCUCUGCGGGGAUGACGGCUUCAUGGGCAGCAUGGAGGAGCUCCAGGACAUCUCCCAGUCCAUGGACAGUGAUGCCAUCAGCUCCUUCGACGUCCCUGAGUACCAGUCGUCCAGCAAUGGCUCCGAAGGCUCCACCGUCCUCGAUGCUCUGACGCCGGCGUCCAGCCCCUCGUCGGUGGUCUUCGGCCUGGCGCUGUGCCAGGAGGACUUCUCCUCCUCCUCCUCCUCCUCGUCGCUCAGUCUGGAGUGUCGGGUCUGUGCCGACCGCGCCUCGGGCUACCACUACGGCGUCCACGCCUGCGAGGGCUGCAAGGGCUUCUUUCGCCGGACCAUUCGCCUGAAGUUGGAGUACGACAAGUGUGAGCGCCGCUGCAAGAUCCAAAAAAAGAACCGCAACAAGUGCCAAUUCUGCCGCUUCCAGAAGUGCCUGUUGGUGGGCAUGUCCCACAACGCCAUUCGUUUCGGUCGCAUGCCCCAGUCGGAGAAGCUGAAGCUGAAGGCGGAGAUGGUGACGGGGGAGCGGGAGGUGGUGGAUCCCCAGGUCGCUGACCAGAAGACUCUGGCCCGGCAGAUUUACGAGGCCUACCUCAAGAACUUCAACAUGAACAAGGCUAAGGCUCGAACCAUCCUCACCGGCAAGACCAGCAACCCUCCUUUCGUGGUGCACGACAUGGACACCCUCCAGCUGGCGGAGCAGACGCUGGUGGCCACGAUGGUCAGCUCUGCAGCGGCGCUGAAGGACCGGGAGGCGGAGGUUCGGAUCUUCCACUGCUGCCAGUGCACGUCUGUGGAAACCGUCACGGAGCUCACGGAGUUCGCGAAGUCCGUCCCCGGCUUCUCCAGCCUGGACCUCAACGACCAGGUGACUCUGCUGAAGUACGGCGUGUACGAGGCCCUCUUCGCCAUGCUCGCCUCCAGCAUGAACAAGGACGGGCUUCUUGUGGCGUACGGCUCGGGCUUCAUCACCCGGGAGUUCCUCAAGAGCCUGCGGCGGCCCUUCAGCGACAUGAUGGAGCCCAAGUUCCAGUUCGCCAUGAAGUUCAACGCGCUGGAGCUGGACGACAGCGACCUGGCUCUGUUUGUGGCCACGAUCAUCUGCUGCGGAGAUCGGCCGGGCCUGGUGAACGUGGCGCACAUCGAGCGGAUGCAGGAGAGCAUCGUGCGGGUCCUGCAGCUCCACCUGCUGGCCAACCACCCCGACGACGCCUUCCUCUUCCCCAAGCUGCUGCAGAAACUGGCCGACCUCCGGCAGCUGGUCACCGAGCACGCGCAGCUGGUGCAGGAGAUCAAAAAGACGGAGGACACCUCGCUGCACCCGCUGCUGCAGGAGAUCUACAAAGACAUGUACUGAGGGUCGGGGGGGAAUGACCGCGCAAAACCCAGCAGCCGAGGAGGAGCCACGUAGAGCACCCUGGAGCCACGGGGGCUGUGACCCAGUCCUAUGCCGUAUGCAAAGAGGCGAUGGACGGCCGACCGAGCCGCUUUCUCUGACCAAACCAUGGAUAAAAACAAUAAAUGCUGAUCUGAACUAUUUGGUUAUCCGUGUCAUGAGCCCUAAGAUGAGGAACGAGAUGGAGCUGACGUUCACCACUCCAGCAGUAUGCGUGAAAGCAAAUUUUUUUUUUUUUUUUUUUUUUAAUGGAUGUCCAGCAAAUAGCCAUGUCCGGCACCCUGCGGCUCCCGUCAUUCAGCUGACGCCGUGUAGGUAGAGACACUGUGGCGUCGCGAGGCUUCGUAAUGUGAUAAUUUAUUUGUACUGUGAUUCUUCUAAGCCAUAAUUUUUGUUAAUGACACUCGAAGCAAUCAAAUCAUCUUUCUCCCCAUCAAGGCGACGUCGAGGCCGAGAAUGGAUGAUCGUCACUUGUACGCGAGCUGUAUUUGCAGUAGUGCUACAAAACUGCAGUAACAAGACUUUUUAAGGAAAGACUGAAGUGAUGACGGGCACAUAUUUACCGUGUACACGCACCUCAAUGAGCUCCUUAAGCACAAACACGCCUGUGAUGCAGAAGUGUGACCCAGUUUAAUACUGGACCUCUGGUUGAAUGUCUUUCUCAUAAAACACACGCACAGAUGUUUGGCACUCCAUGCUGCGUCCUGGUAUUUUAUUCUGUGUCCUGCUAUUCAAGGGCUAAGGCAAAGAUGAACUGCAUUACAGGGUUUGGUUAAAUCAAUUCACCGCUUCUUAGUGAGUGAAGCGCAUAUGUGACAUCACAUCCUCCCCAUUAGUCUUAUUGUGUCCGUCUGUUUUCCUCACGACACGUGCGGUUGAUAGAGAUUUGAGGGUCAUUAUUACAGGUGGUGGCAAUUAAAGAGCAUUUUCAGUUUUUUUAUUUCGGUUAAAGGUGACAAACGCGGAAACUCGAGCAGAUCUGCAGCUUCACUUCCUGGAACUCCUAAAAGUAAAGGCUGAGCGGACGCUGUCCUCACAGACGAGGCUCCGCUCCCGCGUUGUGUUGUACGUCGAACUUGCCACAAAGAAGAUUUUCAUUAAGGGAACAUUUAAAAGGCGUUAGUGGAAAAAUAGUGUUUAGUUUGAAUAAUGUAAAAUGUAAACCAGAAUCUCUUUAUCCAAGGAAGAAGAACUUAUAACUAGUGUAGUGGAGUGAUCAGCGUCGACUGCUUGCCCUAACUUUGAAUUCCAAUAGGUAUAAAGGUACUAAUGACGUUCACCUUUAAAUAGAUAUGUUACUUUAAAUGCUUGAGUUUUACUGUCAAUGUAGUACAAGUACGUGAGUACAAGUAAGUUGAUCCUUUGUCGCUAUGUAAUUGCAUUUUUAAUCAAACUGAAUCCUAUUUUUAUACUAAAGAAUCUAAGUUUGACUAAAUCACAUUGAAAUAGCACAGUUGUAAAGAGAUGCACGGUAUCAUGGCAACCGGUAAUCAAUCCAUCCACACAUCUGGAUCCCUCUGGGGGCAUUCCCUGUGUGAACACUGCCUGCUUAAUUCACUUUACUGCAUUUGUUAAAUGAAGCGUUUAUGAUUUGACCUGAGUCCAACAGCCGUGUUUAUCAAGAAGCACUGAUGGCAGGAAGCUGGUCCCUCUGUUUUUAUACUCGACUCUCAGGUUGCACACAAGCAAACCAAUAAAUACUUAUAUGCAAAGAAUUGCAUCAUCAUUACCGGUAAUUUUUCAUAGAUGCCUCUGCGUAUUGCAAUAAAAACCAACCUGUAUUUAUAUUGUGGCAUAUCACCUGCUUUUACACUGUGCAUGCAGUGAUGUAAAUGCAGUAUAUCUUGCUUGUCACGCUGUUUGUCUGCCUCCUCUCCUCACUCGCUGCUAUAUUGUACUAACUCACCAAACAUUUCUUAUGCCGUGAAUAGAUUACUGACCCUCCAGCUGCCUCUCUCCAAUCUCCUCACAGAAUGUCGGAAAUCCUUUAGCGCAGAUUGCUUUGGCCCCCUUGCAUAGUCCUGGGGCCUCAGGGUCAACCACAAACAAUGACACUCUGUGCCUUAGCGUGUGUCCAUGCCAUACAACACUAAACAUGCAGAGAAACUCCACCUGUGCACCCUUUGUACACUGACGGUGUCAUCGGGUCUGUUGGUGACGCAGACGCAACUAAUGAACUAAUUAGAAUUGAGAUUCAAAAAUGCAAUUGAAGCCUCAAUUUACUGUACAGAAAAAAAUUACAGAUGUGUUGAAACACAGGUCCUUUAGAAGUGGAUUCAUUGUGCGCUUACUCCUCCGAGUCUACCUGCAUCUCUUGUGUUGAAUUGACAAGGGACUUUUAACUCAUAUCAGGGAAACCAAGUCUUCCUUAGUUGAACUAGCUCAGGACAUAGAGGAACGGUCUAGCUUUUUCUCUUUAGAGUAAGUGUGUAGUACUCCGCCUUACAACCCACAAACCCCAAUGAUUCAUAUGACCAUCAAGUCUUCACAGGGGCAGCAGGUGUAGAAAUUAGAUAUUUGAUGGGGUUUUUUGUUUGAUUUUUUUAUUCCUCCCUUUGUAAAAUUCAUGGAGUUUGUGUCUGUGGCUCUAGCGAAAGGACAAUAGAACUAUCUGGAUGUGUUUGUAUGUGUACUGUGGCUUGGUAGCAAUACUGUAAGUGUUUGAUGAAUGUAUAUGUAGUCAUUCAAACCAUAAAACAAGUUGACAUUGAACAGAGUUCAAAAUAAAAUGAUUUUUAAAUCCA